UGCCUGGUUGGUUCAGCCGGAGCUCCAGCGGUCUACGCACGCACGCCAGGAGAUCAAACAAGUCCACCACAGCUCCACCCGCGAGCUCUUCGCUUCUCCGCCGGCGGAGCCAACACCACACGGAGAUUCCAAGGCUCCACGACUAGGCGCCUGCUCCCCGCUCUUCUCCGCCGGCGAGCCAACUCCCCACGAAGAGCCCCCAACCAGGCACAAUGUCGCUGUUCCCAGGAAUGGAUCUUACUAAAAUGGAUCCUCCAACUCUUACCCUCCUUGGAGCAGCUUGCUGUGUGAUGUUAUCUAUGCAUUUCACAGUACAAUUGGUAUCACAACAUCUUUUCUAUUGGAAAAAUCCCAAGGAGCAGAAGGCUAUACUCAUUAUAGUGUUAAUGCCUCCACUGUAUGCUAUAACUUCCUUUGUUGGCCUUCUCGAUAUUAAGGGAAGCAAAACAUUUUUUACGUGCUUGGAAUCUGUUAAAGAAUGCUAUGAGGCACUGGUCAUUGCCAAGUUUCUGGCAUUGAUGUACAGCUACUUGAAUAUAUCUAUCAGUAAAAACAUCGUACCUGAUGAAAUCAAAGGGAGGGUGCUUCAUCAUUCUUUCCCUGUUUCUCUUUUCCUGCCCCGCAAUGUUCGGUUAGAGCACAAGACUCUAAAGCUUUUGAAGUACUGGACCUGGCAAUUUGUUGUUGUUAGGCCAGUAUGUUCCAUUCUGAUGAUUACACUUCAGCUUUUUGGGCUGUACCCAAGCUGGGUCAGCUGGACGUUCACAAUUAUACUGAAUUUUUCAGUCUCCAUGGCAUUAUAUGCCUUGGUCAUCUUCUAUCACUUGUUUGCUAAGGAGCUGGCACCUCACAAGCCUCUUGCUAAGUUCCUAUGCAUCAAAGGGAUUGUCUUCUUCUCUUUCUGGCAGGGCUGUGCUCUGGAUGUUUUAGCUGCUGUAGGUAUCAUUCAGUCCCACCAUUUCUGGCUGGACGUGGAGCACAUACAGGAGGCGAUCCAGAACGUCCUGGUGAUCCUUGAAAUGGUCAUCUUCUCGGUCCUCCAGCAAUACGCUUACCACGUUGCACCGUACAGUGGCGCCGACAGGGCGAAGUUUGAGAAGAAGAACGAAUGAUCCACGCUUUGCCACCGAGCAGCAUCCUCCAGCUACCCUGUGUAUGACUCUAUGUUUUGUUGCCUGUAUGCGCCGGGAAUAUGAACUCAGGAUGUUGCAGAACACUGGCAUUUCUUUUUGUAGAGCAUGUCGUUAUGCCAUGAACAUCAUUAGAACAAGUAAAACGAGAUGGUCAGGAACAAACUGGAAUGCUAUCGCCGGUACUGCACCGUGUAACUAUGCAAUGCCUGAAUAAGGAGAUAUUUUUUUGUGCGUUCCCUACUUCUAAUUA